UAUUAUGACAACGUCAUUUGCAAACGUGAGGUCGACAAACGACGAAACUGAAAAACAAAUCUCUCUUUCUACGCUGAUGAGCCAGAGUUUCCGCCGUAGGAAGAGAUAAACCUUAGCUACUCAAAUGUGAAUUCUUUGAACGAGAAAUAUUUUAAAUGUUCUUCGCUGGGUUAAAAAAAAUGUCCAAACAACAAAAAAAUCUCGCAGCUGGUACAUUGCAUGGGAAAGAAGCGUUACUCGAAUGGUGUAAGCGACAAACAGUGGGAUAUAAGAACGUUCGUGUGUCUAACAUGACCACCUCAUGGCGAGAUGGAUUGGCUUUUUGUGCUAUAAUACACCGCUACAAGCCGGACCUCAUAGAUUUUCAGAAUCUAUCAAAGGAUGACAUGUUGAAAAAUAACGAAAUGGCUUUUAAGGUAGCAGAGGAACACCUUGGUAUCCCAGCUUUGUUGGACGCGAGAGAUCUGGUUUCUAUGGAUGUUCCGGAUGAACAAAGCAUUAUGACAUAUCUUUCUUCGCUGUUUUUUGGUCUGAACAACUUCAAACCUUCAGACAACACAACGGAAACAAACAACAAUACGAUAGCAAAAGGGAAACCCAAGCGAUAUCUAUUUGAUAUUCUGGCCGACGAAGCGUACAAGCGACGGUUCAAACUCAGACAGCGCGAAAUAGUCGAAGAACAAUGUACAGAUACCGAAGUGACUGCUUAAGAAACUAUAUAGUACGGAUAUUUUUUUAACGAAAUUAAUACACAAGCGAUACAAGUCGUAACUUCGAGAUUUCAUUGACCCUGCGAUUUUUCAAGAUGACGGUUACAUUACUGUCGAGUAAGAUGGAUUAAUAUCGAAUCGAUCAAAGAUAAAAUGCAACAGUGCCCAUAUGAGCAAUUAAACCUUUGAGAUUCUCUUCAACUACUUUGAAAAUAAACUAUAAUCAAAUUUUGCCACAA